AUGAAGAUUUAUAUAAAGUAUUGGGAUGUUUUGAAUCAAUCAGAACAAAUUUCGGCAGAAUAUAAAGUACGUGUAUUACAAUGCCAUCCUGAUAAAAUACAGAAUGAAGAAGAUAAAAAAAUUGCUGAAAAACAAUUCAAUAGAUUAACAACAGCUUACAAAAUAUUAAUUGAUAAAGACGAAAGAUUGAAUUAUGAUAAAUGGAAAAGAGGAUCACUAAAAAUUUCAUACAAGUUAUGGAAAGAAUUAAUCGCAGUUCACUGGAGACCUUCACCAAAUCCACAACUUACCAUCAAGAAUCAUUCAAAUGAUAAUGACAACAAUAAUAAAGAUGGUAAUAACAUUGUUAGCGAAAUAAACCAACAAAGAAGUUAUCAAUGUAAUAAUAAAAAAAGUAAACAAGACGAAUUAUACGAAAAAUUUAGAAAUUAUGAAAUUUAA